UCAGCGAUUCAGGAACAGCUUCUCCCCCUCUGCCAUCAGGGAGGAGGUACAGGAGCCUGAAGACCCACACUCAGCGAUUCAGGAACAGCUUCUUCCCCUCUGCCAUCAGGGAGGAGGUACAGGAGCCUGAAGGCCCACACUCGACGAUUCAGGAACAGCUUCUUCCCCUCGGCCGUCAGGGAGGAGGUACAGGAGCCUGAAGACACACACUCAGCGAUUCAGGAAUAGCUUCCCCUCUGCCAUCAGGGAGGAGGUACAGGAGCCUGAAGACACACACUCAGCGAUUCAGGAACAGCUUCUUCCCCUCGGCCAUCCGAUUCCUGAAUGGAUGUUGAACCUUUGGACACGACCUCACUUUUUUCCAAUAAAUAUUAUUUCUGCUUUGGCAUGAUUUUUAAUCUAUUUAAUGUAAGAUACAGUAAAUGGAUCUCUUUAUUUUGACAUUUCUGUUCUUCUGUACUACGUAUUGCAUUGAACUGCUGUUGCUAAGUUGACAAAUUUCACGUCAUGUGCCACUGAUAAUACCUCAGUUUUGGACCAACUUAUUUAAGUAUCUUAAAUGAGAUUGUGAGAAUGAGAAUGAGAGAGGGGGAGAGGGAGAGAGACUGAGAGACCCAUAAACAGUCGGGGGGAGAGAGGGAAGGGGGAGAGGGAGAGAGACUGAGAGACAUAAACAGUAGGGGAGAGAGAGUGGGAGGGGGAGGGGGAGGGAAAGGGAAAGAGGGAGGGGGAGAGAGAGAGACAGACAUAAACAGUAAGGGAGGGAGAGGGGGGAGGGAGGGGGAGAGGGAGGAGGAGGGAGAGAGAGGAGGAGAGGGGGGAGAGACACAAACAGUAAGGGAGGGAGAGGGAGAGGGAGGGUGAGGAGAGAGGGAGGGAGAGAGAGGGAGGUAGGAGGAAGAGAGAAUAUGGAGAGGGAGAGGGAGGGAGAGAGGGAGGGUAGAGGGAGAGAGAGAGAGGGAGGUAGAGAGAAUAUGGAGAGGGAGGGAGAGAGGGAGGGGAGAGGGAGAGAGAGAAAGAGAGGGAGGGAGGGAGGUAGGGGGAGAGUGAGAGAGAGCGAGAGAGAGAGAGGGGGGAGGGGCAGAGAUUUGUUUUCAAUAUAUUUGUACAUACGAGGGGUGAUUGAUACGCUCGUGACCCGAGGUCGAAGGAGUCAAUUUCAGAAAGCCUAGCACAUCUCUUUUCCAACACCGUCCCCUCCUACGUUUACACACUUAGUCCAGCGGUCGUGGAGCGAACGGGUCUUGCAUCUCCGGAGAGUGUCCACAGAGGGGUGAUUGAUAAGUUUGUGGCCUGCGGUAGGAGGAGAUGAGCUACACAGCUCUCGUUACACUCACGGGCAGGUCAACUCCUUGAGAGAUCCUGCAGAAAGUUUGAAGUUUAAUAACUCAUCGGGGGGGGGGGGGGGGGGUGUUAUUGAUAAGUCCGUGGCCUACGGUAGGAGGAGAUGAGUUAUUAAACUGCAAACUUUGUGCAUAAUCACUCAAAGAGUUGACCCACAAGUGCAGGUAAUGAGAGCUGUAUCCCUCAUCUCCUUCCGGCUUGGGCCACAAACAUACCAAUCACCCAUCUGCGGACACUUCCUGCAAGACCCGUACGCUCCACGACCGCUGGACUGCGUGUGUAAACGUAGGAGGGGACGGCGUGCAAAAAGAAAUGUGUUCGGUUCUCUAAAAUUGACUCCUUCUACCUGAGACCACAAACAUAUCAAUCGCCCCUCGUACACCUGAUUGUUUCAUAAGAACAGGAGCAGGAAGCAGGAGUCAGCCAUCCUGCCCCUCCAUUCAAAAAGGUCAUGGCUGAUCUGACCACGGUCUCAUCUCCACCUACCUGCCUUUCCCCCCAUAACCCUUAAUACCCCUAUGAUGCAGGAACCUACCCAACCUUGCCUUAAAUAUAUUCACUGAGGGAGCCUCCACUGCUUCACGGGGCAGGGAAUUCCACAGAUUCACCACUCUCUGGGAAAAGUAGUUCCUCUUCAUCUCCGUCCUAAAUCUUCUCCCCCAAAUCUUCAGGCUGUGUCCCCUUGUUCUAGUCUCACCCAGAGGUGGAAACGACUUUCCUGCCUCUAUCUUAUCUAACCCUUUCAUAAUUUUGUAUGUUUCUGUAAGAUCCCCUCUCCUCCUUCUGAAUUCCAGCGAGGACAGUCUUAUCGGCGGGGGAUUGGUUCCGAGACACCCCCCUCGCGGAUACCAAAACACGCGGAUGCUCAAGUCCCUUAUUUAAGCAGGCUCAGUGGCGGUGGUCUUUAGGACCCAGCAGAACCCCGGACUUUAUUUAAAUCGUCUCAGAGCGGCGGACAUUAGGACCCUGCGGUGCAGCUCUGAAUCCGCGGUGUUUCUGUUCACGAAAAUAAUCACGACCGCGAUUGAAAAUAAAGCGAUGGGAAGGAGGUGAAACGCCAUCGGUCACUGGAAAAACGUUAGGCUAGUCGGUCAACGAUCGGAACAAUUUUAAUGGAGAAUGUGAAAGGCCCUGCCCCGAUGAAAGCUAUGAUUAUAACUAAGCAACGCAGUGGUUUAAUUAUUGAAAUACGUAUGUUUCUUAAGUGUUUUAAAUGCAUAGAAAGCUAAAAUAUGUACUAUAUACUAAGACAAACGUUUGGCUAACUGACACUAAAUAAUACCGGAUGUACCUGUUCCGACUUAAAGACGGACUCAGGGAUGGAACUCAUUCGUAACCCGGGGGCUGCCCGUACUUUUAAAUCAUUUCCAGAUUAUCUAAUGCUACGUGAGGGCGGGUUGAAACUGAGAGGAGGGGGAAGGAUGGUGAGAGGGUGAGCGAGGGCGGAUCAAAACUGUGUGAGAUGGUGAGAGGGAGAGGGAAGAGGAUGAGGAGAGAGUGAGGGGAAGAGAAGAGGGAGAGAGGAAUGUAAGAAACAGCAGCAGGAGUCAGCCAUCCGGCCCAUCGAGCCUGCCCCGCCAUUCAAUAAGAUCAUGGCUGAUCUGUCCGUAAACUCAGCUCCACCUCCCUGCCUUUUCCCCAUAACCCUCAAUUCCCCGACUAUGCAAUCAUCCAUCCAAUCUUGCCUUAAAUAUAUUCACUGAGGCAGCCUCCACUGCUUCCCUGGGCAGGGAAUUCCACAGAUUCACCACUCUCCGGAAAAAACUGUUCCUCCUCAUCUCCGUCCUAAAUCUUCCCCCCCCCCCCCCACCCCGAAUCUUCAGGCUGUGUCCCCUCGUUCUCGUCUCACCCAGCGGUGGAAACGACUUUCCUACCUCCAUCUUAUCCGUCCCUUUCAUAAUGUUGUGUGUUUCUGUAAGAUCCCCUCUCCUCCUCCUGAAUUCCAGAGAGUACAGUCCCAGGUGACUCGAUCUCUCCUCACAGUCCAACCCCCUCAUCCCUGGAAUCACCCUGGUGAACCUCCCCUGCACUGCCCCCAAAGCCAGUCUACCCUUCCUCGAGUAAGGAGACCGGAACUGCCCACUGUACUCCAAGGGAAGGGCAUGGGCUGAUACCGCUCGAUAACAGAAAGGGUUGGCGAUCGGUGGCGAGCGGGGGUCGGUGCGGGGUCCACGACUAUUCACGAUAUACAUUAACGAUCUGGACGAGGGGCCGAGCGCGGCGUCUCGACGUUCGCCGGUGACACUAAAAGCAGAUUGUACCCGGGACGGGGAGAGUCUGCAGAGGGAUAGAGAUGGGUUCAGCGAGCUGGCAAGGGUCUGGCAGGUGGAGUACAACGUACAAGGGAUAAUGGAAGAGCAGAUGAUUAUUUAAAUGGUGAAAGACUGCCGCACGCUGUCCUGCAGGGGGACCGGGGAGCGCUUGUUCAUGAAUUGCUAAAGGUCGGUUUGCGGGCCCAGCGGGCUGUCGGGAAGGCAAAUGGGAAGUUGGCCUUAGUUGCUGGAGGGAUUGAAUUCAGGAGCAGGGAGGUCACGCUGCAAACUCUUCCUAAAUCUUCCCCCCCCACCCCGAAUCUUCAGGCUGUGUCCCCUCGCUCUCCUCUCACCCACCAGUGGAAACAGCUUUCCUGUCUCCAUCUUAUCCGUCCCUUCAAAAUUCCGUACGUUUCGAUAAGAUCUCCCCUCAUCCUUCUGAAUUCCAGGGAGUUAUUACUUUAUUGUCACCAAACAAUCGAUACUGGAGCGUACAAUCAUCGCAGUGAUAUUUGUUUCUGCGCUUCGUGCUCCCUGGAGUACUGAUCGAUAGUAAAUAUAACAUAAAUUUAAAUAGAAAAGCGGGGAAAAACCCCGAGAGACGGGUCGGGAUAUGUGGAAGGUACGGCCCAGAUCCGGGUCGGGAUCCGUUCAGUCCCAGGAGACUCGAUCUCUCCUCAUAGUCUAACCCCCUCAAUCCCUGGAAUCAACCUGGUGAAUCUCCCCUGCACUCACUCCUAAGCCAGUCUACCCUCCCUCGAGUCAGGAGACCGGAACUGCACGCAGGACUCCCGGUGCAGCCUCACCAGUACCCUGUACAGUUACAGCGUGCCCUCCCUGCUCCUGAAUUCAAUCCCUCCAGCAACGAAGGCCAACGUCCCACUUGCCUUCCCGACAGCCCGCUGGACCCGCAAACCGACCUUUAGUGAUUCAUGCACAAGCGCUCCAAACCCCCUCCCUCUCUCGUCAUCCCCUCCCUCCUUCCUUGGGUAGCGUACUGGUUAGCACAACGCUUUAGGGUACCGGCGACCCGCGUUCAAUUUUCGCUGCUGCCUGUAAGGAGUUUGUACGUUCUCUCCUGUGACACUGAGCGCGGGGGCCCCCCCCAGGGCCGCGUGCUCAGUCCACUGCUGUUCACUCUGCUGACCCACGACUGUGCUACAACACACAGCUCGAUCCACAUCAUCGAGUUCGCCGAUGACACGACCAUGGUGGGUCUCAUCAGCGAGAACGACGAGUCGGCUUACGGAGAGGAGGGGCAGAGGCUAACGGACUGGUGCAGAGAAAACAACCUGUCUCUGAAUGUGAACAAAAGAGACGGUUGUUGACUUCAGGAGGGCACGGAGCGACCACUCCCCGCUGAACAUCGACGGCUCCUCGGUAGAGAUCGUGAACAGCACCAAAUUUCUUGGCGUUCACCUGGCGGAGAAUCUCACCCGGUCCCUCAACACCAGCUCCACAGCAAAGAAAGCCCAGCAGCGUCUCUACUUUCUGCGAAGGCUGAGGAAAGUCCAUCUCCCACCACACCCCCCCAUCCUCAUCACAUUCUACAGGGGUUGUAUUGAGAGCAUCCUGAGCAGCUGCAUCACUGCCUGGUUCGGAAAUUGCACCGUCUCGGAUCGCAAGACCCUGCAGCGGAUAGUGAGGUCAGCUGAGAAGAUCACCGGGGUCUCUCUUCCCGCCAUCACGGUCAUUUACACGAGUCGCUGCAUCCGCAAAGCAAACAGCAUUAUGAAGGACCCCACGCACCCCUCAUACAAACUCUUCUCCCUCCUGCCGUCUGGGUAAAGGCUCCGAAGCAUUCGGGCUCUCAUGACCAGACUGUGUAACAGUUUCUUCCCCCAAGCCAUCAGACUCCUCAAUACCCAGAGCCUGGACUGACACCUUACUGUCCUAUUGUCAUGUUUAUUAUUUAUUGUAAUGCCUGCACUGUUCUGUGCACUUUAUGUAGUCCUGGGUAGGUAUGUAGUCUAGCGUAGUUUUUUUCUGUGUUGUUUUUAUGUAGUUCAGUCUAGUUUUUGUACUGUGUCAUGUAACAUCAUGGUCCUGAAAAACUUUGUCUCGUUUUUACUGUGUACUGUACCAGCAGUUAUAGACAAUAGGUGCAGAAGUAGACCAUUUGGCCCUUCGAGCCUGCACCGCCAUUUUGAGAUCAUGGCUGAUCAUCUACUAUCAAUACCCGGUUCCUGCCUUGUCCCCAUAUCCCUUGAUUCCCCUAUCCAUAAGAUAUCUAUCUAGCUCCUUCUUGAAAGCAUCCAGAGAAUUGGCCUCCACUGCCUUCCGAGGCAGUGCAUUCCAGACCCCCACAACUCUCUGGGAGAAGUUUUUCCUAACUCUGUCCUAAAUGACCUACCCCUUAUUCUCAAACCAUGCCCUCUGGUACCGGACUCUCCCAGCAUCUGGAACAUAUUUCUUGCCUUUAUCUUGUCUAAUCCCUUAAUAAUCUUAUAUGUUUCAAUCAGAUUCCCUCUCAGUCUCCUUAAUUCUAGCGUGUACAAGCCCAGACUCUCUAACCCCUCUCCGUAAGACAGUCCGGACAUCCCAGGAAUUAACCUCGUGAAUCUACGCUGCACUUCCUCUGCAGCCAGGAUGUCCUUCCUUAACCCUGGAGACCAAAACUGUAUACAAUACUCCAGGUGUGGUCUCACCAGGGCCCUGUACAAAUGCAAGAGGAUUUCCUUGCUCUUGUACUCAAUUCCCUUUGUAAUAAAGGCCACCAUUCCAUUAGCCUUCUGCACUGCCUGCUGCACUUGCUCAUUCACCUUCAGUGACCGAUGAACAAGGACUCCUAGAUCUCUUUGUAUUUCUCCCUUACCUAACUCUACACCAUUCAGAUAAUAAUCUGCCUUCCUGUUCUUACUCCCAAAGUGGAUAACGUCACUUAUUCACAUUAAACGUCAUCUGCCAAGUAUCUGCCCACUCACCCAGCCUAUCCAAGUCACCCUGAAUUCUCCUAACAUCCUCAUCACAUGUCACACUGCCACCCAGCUUAGUAUCAUCAGCAAAUUUGCUGAUGUUGUUCUCAAUGCCUUCAUCUAAAUUGUUGACGUAAAUCGUAAACAGCUGUGGUCCCAAUACCGAGCACUGUGGCACCCCGCAAGUCACCACCUGCCAUUCCGAGAAACACCCAUUCACUGCUACCCUUUGCUUUCUAUCUGCCAACCAGUUUUCUAUCCAUGUCAAUGCCUUCCCCCCAAUGCCAUGAGCUCUGAUUUUACCCACCAAUGUGGGACCUUAUCAAAUGCCUUCUGAAAAUCGAGGUACACUACAUCCACUGGAUCUCCCCCGUCUAACUUCCUGGUUACAUCCUCGAAAAACUCCAACAGAUUAGUCAAGCAUGAUUUGCCCAUGGUAAAUCCAUGCUGGCUCGGCCCAAUCCUAUCACUGCUAUCUAGAUAUGCCACUAUUUCAUCUUUAAUAAUGGACUCCAGCAUCUUCCCCACUACCGAUGUCAGGCUGACAGGUCGAUAUUUCUCAGUUUUCUCCCUCUCUCCUUUCUUAAAAACUGGGAUAACAUUAGCUAUUCUCCAAUCCUCAGGAACUGAUCCUGAAUCUAAGAAACAUUGGAAAAUGAUUACCAAUGCAUCCACAAUUUCCAGAGCCACCUCCUUUAGUACCCUAGGAUGCAGACCAUCUGGACCUGGGGAUUUGUCAGCCUUCAGUCCCAUCAGUCUACUCAUCACUGUUUCCUUCCUAAUGUCAAUCUGUUUCAUUUCCUCUGUUACCCUAUGUCCUUGGCCCAUCCAUACAUCUGGGAGAUUGCUUGUGUCUUCCCGAGUGAAGACAGAUCUAAAGUACUUGUUAAAUUCUUCUGCCAUUUCUCCGUUUCCCACAACAAUUUCACCCAAUUCAUUCUUCAAGGGCCUAACAUUGUUCUUAACUAUCUUUUUUCUCUUCACAUACCUAAAAAAGCUUUUGCUAUCUUCCUUUAUAUUCCUGGCUAGCUUGCGUUCGUACCUAAUUUUUUCUGCCCGUAUUGCCUUUUUAGUUAAGUUCUGUUGUUCCUUAAAAACUUCCCAAUCAUCUGUCCUCCCACUCACCUUAGCUCUGUCAUACUUCCUUUUUUUUAAAAUGCUAUACAAUCUCUGACUUCCUUUGUCAACCACUGUGGCCCCUUUCCCCCCUUUGAAUCCUUCCUUCUCUGGGGAUGAACUGAAUUUGCACCCUGUGCAUUAUUCCCGAGAAUACCUGCCAUUGCUGUUCCACUGUCUUUUCUGCUAGGCUAUCCGUCCAGUCAACUUUGGCCAGCUUCUCCCUCAUGGCUCCAUAGUUUCCCCUGUUCAACUGCAACACUGACACCUCCGAGCUGCCCUUAUCCUUCUCAAAUUGCAGAUAAAAACUUAUCAUGUUAUGGUCACUACCUCCUAAUGGCUCCUUUCAUGGAUGCAGACCAUCUGGACCUGGUCGAAAUGACAAUAAAAGUGACUUGGUUUUCUCCCGCAGUCCGGAGACAAGAUGGUCGGGUAAAUUCACUGCCCGCUGUCAAUUGCCCUGCAGUGAGGCCAGGGUUGUACUGGGGGACUUCUGGGUGUCUCAUGGCCGGAGGGAUCAAUUCUGAGCUGCAUCCCCGUAAAUUAGAAGAACUCCCCCGUCUUCUCCCUCCCUCCCUCCGCUGAUCCCCUCUCAACUCUCUCCCUCAUUCUCCCCAAUAGUACAGUGCUCAAUACACAAUUCCUUCUCCAAGAGACAACAGCAGUAAUCAGUGGUUCCGUUCAGCUUGAGUCAGGAGACAUUCCACCUGGUUGUGUAUUCUGCGUCUCUCUCUCUCUCUCUCUCUCUCAUUAUUGACAUGAUGUGUACCUCUCUCGUUUCCUGGGUCCCAGACCUGAAAUACUAGCGAUCUUGCGAUUCUCAAAAAGGAGGGGGCGACUUUGCGCCCUUCGGCCCCUCAGAGUUGCUCCUCAUUCGUAACACUACUCAAAGCAGAAACUGGUAGUUCCCUGAUCGGUCAGGGCAUCAAAGGAGAUGGCGACAAGGCAGGUAUACGUGGUUGAGUGGAACCCGCGAUCAGCCAUGGCGGAGUGGUGUAGCAGAGGCGACGGGCUGAACGGCCUAUUUUUACUGGUGUGUCUUAUGGCCUCCCAGUCUCCACCUAACUGCAUAUGCCCUUAAACCUUGCAACAAAGUUACCCUGAAUAAUCGACUCCAACACCUUCCCCGUCCUGGUUGGAAUUUCCCACCUUUUCCAUUUCCUCCCUAAUUGGUCCUUAAUCCCCACACUUGAUUCCCAGUCGUUCCCAAUUCCUCUCAAUCACCAGCACCUGGUUUCCAUUGGCCAGCGGAGGAUGAGACUCGGACAGCUCCGGUCAGCCCUUCCCAGAUUGUUGGUCGCCUCUCAGGGAGAGAGGAACCUUGCUCCAAGUCAUGACACGAAGCUGGGUGGCAGGGUGAAAUGUAUGGAAGAUGUUAUGGGAAUGCAGGGUGACUUGGACAGGUUGGGUGAGUGGGCAAGUGUAUGGCAGAUACAGUUUAACGUGGAUAAAUGUGAGGUUAUCCACUUUGGUGGCAAGAACAGGAAGGUAGAUUACUAUCUAAAUGGAGUCAAGUUAGGAAAUGGGGAAGUACAACGAGAUCUAGGUGUUCUUGUACGUCAGUCAAUGAAAGCAAGCAUGCAGGUACAGCAGGCAGUGAAGAAAACUAAUGGCAUGUUGGCCUUUAUAACAAGAGGAAUUGAGUAUAGGAGUAAAGAGGUCCUUCUACAGCUGUACAGGGCCCUGGUGAGACCCCACCUGGGGUAUUGUGUGCAGUUUUGGUCUCCAUAUUUGAGGAAGGACAUUCUUGCUAUUGAGGGAGUGCAGCGUAGGUUCACGAGGUUAAUUCCCGGAAUGGCUGGACUGUCAUAUGUUGAAAGAUUGGAGCAACUGGGCUUGUAUACGCUGGGAUUUAGAAGGAUGAGAGGGGAUCUGAUUGAAACAUAUAAGAUUAUUAAGGGAUUGGACACACUAGAGGCAGGAAGCAUGUUCCUGCUGAUGGGUGAGUCCAGAACCAGAGGCCACAGUUUAAGAAUGAGGGGUAGGCCAUUUACAACAGAGAUGCGGAAAAACCUUUUCACCCAGAGAGUGGUGGAUCUGCGGAAUGCUCUGCCCCAGAAGGCAGUGGAGGCCAAGUCUCUGGAUGCAUUCAAGAGAGAGUUAGAUGGAGCUCUUAAAGAUAGUGAAGUCGUGGGAUAUGGGGAGGGGGCAGGAACGGGGUACUGACUGUGGAUGAUCAGCCAUGAUCAGUGAAUGGCAGUGCUGGCUCGAAGGAGAGGCAAGGGUGAGUCUGGGGAGGGGACAGAGAAGUGUGGGUGCUGUGGGUGACAGAGAGGGGCAGGCUCCUCCCAUCCCCACCAAAUUAGCCUUAUUCUGACCCCGCCCACUCUCCCCUUCCCUCUUCACAACUUCAAACUAAUUUUCUCGCCCUCUCUCUCGAAUCCUCCCCAGUGCCCACGCAACCCGCCUUCCCUCCUCUCCCCCCUUGAUACACAGGACUUCUGCCCUCUCCCUCCCUCGCUCUCUCCCUUCGUCUCACCCCCCCCU